AUGAUUGGGUUGCCUUGUUGUGCAUGGAAUAAAGAUGUUGUUUCUAAGGUGGCUAACAUGUGGGGUGAUGUAUGUUUUCUAGAUGAUGAUGGGGAUGCUCCAUUGGCAAUCAAGAGGGCGUGUAUUAAGACUUCUAAGCCGACUUUGAUUCAUGAGACAGUUAAAGUGGUUGCCCAAGGUAUUGAGUAUGAUGUGGCAGUUCGUGAAAUUUCUAAUUGGGAACCAGAUAUAUUGGAAGAGGGGGAGGGUAACGGUAAUGAGGAGGUAGCAAAUUCUCUCAAUGUGGAUAACACUCCAAAUUUAGGUGAUCGAGGAGCUGGUUUUGUAGAUAGAAAAGGUCGUUUCUUUCCAACUAGUGGAAGGAAGAAGGUGGAUAGAUGCUUUGAAGAUGAUGAGCGGGUCAAAUCGAUCCCGGUUGAUGCAUCGGUGAAGUCGCCGACUAUGCCCCAGAGGGACUCUUCGCCGGCUGAUGAGGAAAUCCGUCAGGGUGGAGUAGUGGGGGGUGGGGCUUCGGAAUCUUUAUCUCAAUCUCCAGGUCCCAGCGUGAGAAGUUACACGGGAAUUUUAAUCUUAAUGCCUCGGCGUCGAGAUCCUCUGGUUCACAUGGUUCUUCUAAGUUGCUAA